GUAGUGUGUAUUUUGCUUUCAGCUUGUAAGCCAUGAUUUAUUGUUUCGUAUUGGAAUAUUGAGUUUGUUAUGAGAUUCUGAUUUGCUCUUAUGGCCUGAAACACCUAUUGUCUUGUCUAAGUUACCUGUCAAAGUGAAACGCACGCCAAGUGUUUGUUUAAAUGCUUCCCCUAUUUGCAUAAUGGUGAUGAAGCAGAAGAAUAAACUCAGAAUCGUGAUCACGAAUAUUUCCAAUAAUUUAAAAUGUUGGGAAUGGGUGAUUGAUGAUUCAGGCGCACACAAAUUUGAACAUUUAUUAUGGUACGAGUGUGUGAAAUUGAUUGGGAUUUGGGGUCUUCUAUUUUUUUUUCAAAAGAAUCGUUGAGGCAUGUUAUUCCAAUGCUUCUCCUCUCUCUCUCAGUCUCUCUCUGGAUCCUUUCUUUGCAAACCGACUUGUCUAAUUUGCACUAAAUUUUUUUUAGUAUUGUUAUUGUGAACGAUUUGCAUCGAAUGCUAACUUGAAAAACUUGUGGCGGGAUUUGUUUUGGCCACCGACAUAGAAGUGUAUGUAUAGCUUAUCUGUGAAUUGAGUGACUAGCCAAGUGCGCUCAUCAUGCGAGAUCGUGCAAGUGCUAACAAUAUGUAGUAGUGUCACUGUCUAAUGUGUAAUACUAAUAAGUGUGAAGGCAGAUUUUCUCUCUCAAUAUUUGAUUUAUUUAGUUUAGGUAUCAUUUUUGUUAGUACUUUCCCAACCUUUCCCUCACUUCCUCUGAAACCCUAACAUCUGGUUCAUGAGAAUUACCAUGUCAAAAUUUUUCAGAUCUACGUUUUGUGCUUCCCAUUCGUUUACUUGAGGCGUCUUUUAUCAUUUCAAAGCAUCAAUAGACUGACAAAUUCCAAAUAGGUUCAAGAUCAGAAAAGAAAGAGAAGUGAGAGCAUGGACGCCAUAGAUUCAGUGAUCAAUCCGCUCAAAGAGUUCGCCAAAGACAGCGUUCGCCUUGCGAAGAGGUGCCACGAGCCCAAUUUCGAAGAAAUCAUGAAGCUGGCGUCUCGUGUUCGUGGUAUGGGAUUCGGCGGGUUCUUCGUGAAGCUGAUCUUCAUCCCGAUCAACGACAUCAUUGUUGGAUCUCGCUAGUGGAUGCAGGUACUCAUCUAACGAUGAAGUUCAGGUUUGAUGCCCACAGCAAGAAAAGAUGGUGUAAUUGUGAGUGUAAUAGAAGGAGCUUACAUGGAAAAGCUCUUUGAUUUUUGGACCAGAUCUCGUCGUCCGGUCAUGUUGUGGGUGCUGUAGCUGGAAGAAUGGCCUUGGACUAUGCCGAAUGGAAUUGCUGGAAGGUUUUAUCACUAUCAGAUUCUUUACCAUGCGAAUGGGGGAGCAUUCAUUGAAAAAAGGUGGAGAUUUAAAGACUACACAUGACAGUAAAGAAACUAAAACCAAGCCGGCGGCUGAUGGUAGUUUACGGCCCUUGGCCUGGGCUAAACCUUCUUGGGCCCAUGGCGUAGUUAAGAGUUGCGCCACAUCGUAAACGAGUUCAUUGUUCAACGCUUCAACCAUGGCCAAAAAAGCUUGGCCUCUGGGGCGGAUAUAUUGAGCCGGUUGGGAACGAAACACAUUGGCCCAAGUGGACUUGAGGCCUAAAAAACUGACACGGCCGGCUAUGUAACGGGCCCAUUGAUUAUAGGCUUUUGUGGCUUAUUAUGCUGAGCCCGUGGGCCAAAAAUACAUUGGUCCAUUUGACUUAACUUUAGGAAGCCGGCUAUAUUGUAUCAUUAUAAUUGGAUCUCGGCCAUCCAUAUUUUGGCCGUUUACGCUGA